AUGGCUCUACCUACCUCCAAGUGUCUGGCUGGAAGUUUGGGGUUUUUUCUGUUCGUAGUCUCUUCAGUAAGCACAGCAGAAGCAGCUGUCACAUGUCCUGACAGAGAGCCUGAGUUAGAAAUCUGGAACCCGGGUCACAACGAAGAAAACCGCGUUGAAAUCCGCAGUGGCAGGAAGCUGCUGCUCUCUUCUUCUGCCACUGUCCACUCCAUCCACAUCACUGACGGAGGAAAACUGGUCAUCAAGGAUGAUGUGCAGCCCAUCAUCCUGCGUACAAGACACAUACUCAUUGAAAAUGAUGGAGAGCUACACAUUGGCAGUGAGCUGUGCCCUUACCAAGGCAAUGUGGUUAUCAUCUUAUAUGGGCGAGCGGAUGACGGCAGCCAGCCAAAUCCUUACUUUGGACGGAAGUACCUUGGAGUCAGCAAAGGAGGCACUCUUGAGAUCCAUGGAAAGAAAAAGCUGUCCUGGACUUUCUUAAACAAGACUCUCCAUCCUGGUGGCAUGGAAGAAGGUGGAUAUUACUUCGAGAGGAGCUGGGGCCACCGGGGUGUCAUUGUCCAUGUCAUUGACCCAAAGACAGGGGCAGUUGUCCACUCAGACCGGUUCGAUACCUACAGAGCAAAAGAGGAAAGUGUCCGCCUGGCUCAGUACUUGGGCAGAGUUGCAAAUGGCAUGAUCCUGUCGGUCGCGGUGAAUGAUGAAGGAUCCAGAAACUUGGAUGACUUGGCCAGGAAAGCAAUGACCAAACUGGGCAGCAAGCAUUUCCUCCACCUUGGGUUUAGGCACCCAUGGAGUUUUAUUACCAUUAAAGGAAAUCCCUCCUCUUCUGUUGAAGACCACAUUGAAUAUCAAGGUCACAAAGGCUCAGCUGUGGCCAAAGUAUUCAAACUAUUCAAAGCUGAGAAUGGAGAACAUUUUAACGUCUCUUCAACGAGCGAGUGGGUUCAAGAUGUAGAAUGGACAGAGUGGUUUGAGAAGCCUGACAAAGCGAGAUCUAAGGACACGGAGAAGCUGUCUGACUUCAAAGCUGCUCAUCCUGACAAAGUAUGCAGGCAGCCCAUUGACAUCCAGGCGAUGACGCUUGACGGGGCGGAUUUAACCACGGAGGUUUUCUACAAGAGCAGCCACGAUUACCAAUUCCUGUGCCAUGGCAAGGACCAGACCGGCCAGGGCUGCCACAACUACAGAGUCAGGUUCUUGUGUGGCAAAUCUGUGAAGCCGAAGCUCACGGUAACCGUUGACACCAACGUGAACAGCACGAUCCUGAAUCUGGCGGAUGACGUGAGCUCAUGGAGACCUGGGGACAGGCUGGUGGUGGCGAGCACUGACUACUCCAUGUACCAGGCAGAGGAGUUCCAAGUGCUGCCCUGUAGAACCUGCAGACCCACCCAGGUCAAGGUAGCAGGGAAAGCCACAUACCUGCACGUGGGCGAGGUGGUCGACGGCGUGGACAUGCGGGCGGAAGUGGGGCUGCUGAGCCGCAACGUCGUGGUGAUGGGCGACAUGGAGCAGCAGUGCUACGAGUACAGCAGCAAGCUGUGCUCCUUCUUUGAUUUCGACACCUUUGGGGGACACAUCAAGAUUGGUCUUGAUUUUAAGGCUACGCACAUUGAAGGUCUGGAACUGAAACACAUGGGCCAGCAGACAAUGGGGCAUUACCCAAUUCAUUUCCAUAUGGCUGGAGAUGUGGAUGAGAAAGGAGGCUACCACCCUCCAACCUAUGUGAAGGACACCUCCAUCCACAACACCUUCUCCCGCUGCGUCACAGUCCAUGGAUCCAAUGGCUUACUGGUGAAGGAUGUGGUGGGUUACGAUGCUCUGGGCCAUUGUUUUUUUACGGAGGAUGGCCCAGAGGAGCGCAACACAUUUGACCACUGCCUGGGGCUGCUGGUGAAGCCCAGCACUCUGCUCCCCUCCGACCGAGACAGCAGGAUGUGCAAGCUGAUCACAGAGGGAGCUUACCCAGGCUACAUCCCUAAACCCAGGCAGGACUGCAGUGCUGUAUCCACCUUCUGGAUAGCCAACCCACACAACAACCUUAUAAACUGUGCAGCUGCUGGAUCUGAAGAAACAGGCUUUUGGUUUGUCCUGCACCACGUGCCCACUGGUCCCUCGGCAGGCAUGUACUCCCCUGGCUACUCCGAGCACAUGCCGAUGGGGAAAUUCUCCAACAACCGCGCGCAUUCCAACUACCGGGCUGGAAUGAUCAUUGAUAACGGCGUUAAAACCACCCCAGCCUCUGCCAAGGACAAAAGACCUAUCCUGACACUGAUUUCUGGGAGGUACAGCCCACACAAGGAUGCUGAUCCUUUGAAGCCCAGGGAACCUGCAAUAAUUGAGGGCUUUAUUGCCUACAAGAAUCAGGAUCACGGGGCCUGGCUGCGAGGUGGAGAUGUGUGGCUGGACAACUGCCAGUUUGCUGACAAUGGCAUUGGGCUGACCUUGGCGAGUGGCGGGACCUUCCCUCAUGACGACGGCUCCAAGCAGGAGAUCAAGAACAGCCUGUUUGUGGGUGAGAGUGGAAACCUGGGCACUGAGACGAUGGACAAUGAGAUCUGGGGGCCUGGAGGUCUGGAUCACCGGGGAAGGACCCUGCCCAUCGGCCCGGAUUUCCCCAUCCGAGGGAUUCAGUUCUAUGACGGGCCCAUCAACGUCCAGAACUGCACGUUCCGCAAGUUCGCGGCGCUGGACGGGCGGCACACCAGUGCCCUCGCCUUCCGCCUCAACAACGCCUGGCAGAGCUGCCCCAACAACAACGUCACCGCCAUCCGCUUCGAGGAUGUCCCCAUUACUUCAAGAGUCUUCUUUGGAGAACCUGGCCCGUGGUUCAAUGAUCUGGAUAUGGAUGGUGACAAAACAUCAGUUUUUCAUGAUGUAGAUGGUUCUGUGUCAGAAUACCCAGGCUCAUACCUGAUCAAAGAAGACAACUGGUUAAUCAAGCACCCUGACUGCAUUGACGUGCCUGACUGGAGAGGCUCCAUCUGCAGCGGGCACUUUGCACAGAUGUACAUCCAAGCCUACAAGCCAGCCAACCUGAAAAUGAAAAUAAUAAAAAAUGACUACCACAAUCACCCACUCUACUUGGAAGGGGCUUUGAGCAAAAGCACUCAUUACCAGCAGUAUCAGCCAGUUGUAACUCUGAGGAAAGGCUACACCAUCCACUGGGACAAGACAGCCCCUGAAGAGCUGGCCAUAUGGCUCAUCAACUUCAACAAGAAUGACUGGAUCCAAGUAGGGUUUUGCUAUCCUAAAGGGACGACAUUUUCCAUUCUCUCAGACAUCCACAACCGUCUCUUGAAGAAAACAUACAAAACUGGCACCUUCUACAGAACCUCCCAAAUGGAGAAACUGGAGCACAGAUACCCCACCAAAGGGUACUACUACUGGGAUGAGGACACUGGGUUGCUGUUUCUGAAACUCAAAGCUCAAAAUGAGAAGGAGAAGUUUGCUUUCUGCUCUGUAAAGGGCUGUGAGAGAAUAAGAAUCAAAGCUGUGAUCCCAAAGACAGCUGGUGUCAGCGACUGUGAAGCCACAGCCUACCCCAAGUACAUUGAGACACCAAUAGUGGAAGUGCCAAUGCCAAAGAAGCUCUCCAGUGCCCAACUGAAGACCAAGGACCACCUAAUUGAAGUGAAAAUAGAGACGUACAAGAAACAGUACUUCCACCUGAAGGAUGACUUUGCAUACAUUGAGGUUGAUGGUGUCAGGUUUUUCCUCACUGAAGAGGGCAUCCAGCUGGUUGUGAUUGAUGGACACCAUGGAAAAGUUGUUGAUCGAGUAACAUUCAAAAACUCCAUUCUACAAGGAAUCCCAGCACAGAUAGAGAAUUAUGUCAACAACAUCAAAGAUCACUCCAUAGUGCUGGUGACAUCUAAAGGAAGAUUCAUUUCAAGAGGACCAUGGACUAAAGUACUGGAGAAACUUGGAGCAGGAAAGGGUUUUAGGUUAAAAGAAAAAAUGGCUUUUGUCGGCUUCAAAGGCAGCUUCCGCCCCGUCUGGGUGAAGCUGGUCACGAACGAGGACUCGGCCAAAAUCUACCAAGCACUGCCAAUUCCUGUGGUGAAGAAAAUGAAGUUGUGAGGGCACCCUGCUGUGCCUGCUGGCCGCC